UUUCGAUGAAACGAGCUUUCUCCUACAAAGCAAUUAAGAUGGAUCCUAUCCUAGUAAAUCUUCAACUGAGUCCAAUCUACACCAAUCCUGCAGAUUUCUACUUUAUCAUCCCAAACUCUGAAUAACACUCCAAGAGCUGAAAUGGAAAUACUAUUUUUCAAUCGUGUCCCUAAAGUGGGCAGUGAAUCAAUGAUGGCCCUGAUCAAAGAACUCGGGCGCCAUAACAUAUUCGACGUACGAGCCAACGGUCCGGAAAAGGGAGUACCCCAGUUCUUGAAUCGUCAUCAUCAACAGGAUUAUGCCAGCAUUGUUGCCGGUUUGAUGGAGCCAGCGGCCUAUAUGCGCCACUUUAGCUAUAUGAAUUUCACGGAACUCAAUUUACCAAGGCCUAUUUACAUGAAUCUGGUGCGGGAUCCUGUCGAGCGAGUAAUCAGCUGGCACUAUUAUAUUCGGAGCCCAUGGUACCUUGUGUUGAGGAAGCAACGAUUUCCUGAUAUUAAAAUGCCAAAACCUCAAUGGUUCAAGAAGGAUUUUGAAUCAUGUGUUUUGAGUGGAGACCCAGAAUGCACUUUCGAGCAAGAGACACUUUCUACUGGAUCUGGACAUAUGAGGCAGACGUUGUUCUUCUGCGGUCAUUCAAGAAAAGACUGUUUACCAUUCAAUUCGGUAAAAGCAAUGCAAAUUGCCAAACAAAACGUUGAAAAAGAUUAUGCAGUGGUCGGUUCUUGGGAAGAUACGAACAUCACUUUAACUGUCCUUGAACACUAUAUUCCGCGGUUUUUCAAGGGAGCCCUAAAUUUAUUUGAAAAAAACAAAGAAACGUUCAUAUCGACGAAUAAAAACAAGGCAAAACCGAUUGUUAGCGAAACUGUAAAGGACAUCGUUAGACGAAACUUCACAAAUGAAAUUGAGUUCUACCAAUUUUGCAAGCAGCGUUUGUAUAAACAAUAUCUCGCCCUAAAAAUUGAUCCAAAUUUCAGAUAAAUCAACUGUCAAGCGGGGCUUACACAUUUCAGGUUUAAGAUACGGAUAGUUACUAUGUUGGUGCCAUUGAAUUUCAACCAUGAACAUUUUAUUUUAUUUUGAUUUAAUUUAUUUUUAUUUUAUUAUAUUCUUAAUUUUAAUAUUAUUUUAACUAUUUACAAUUAUUUUAAUCCUACCAAGAAACAGAAAAGUAUUAUUUUGUGUCCUGAAUGAUCAAUAAAUUAUGACUUUAUUUU